AUGGGUCUCCAAACUGAUAUGUACCCUUCUCAUGGCUUCAAGCAGCAGCAGCAGCAGAGCUACUAUAACGAUAACGACUACUACUCCUCGGAUGAUAAUUAUUACAGCAACAAUAGCUCAAGCAUGCAGAUGAAGAAGCCUUAUGGUUAUCCCUCUGUAACCACUCCUCAGCAUGCAAAUACACAGAUGAUGAUGAGCAGCCAUGGAGGCUAUAGCCACAGCGAGGACAAGUACCAAAAUGGCCAUGGCCAAUAUGGCCAGCAUAUGUCCCAUGAUUCUGCAAAUAUGCCCAACAGUAGUAGCAGCAUGUUCCACGCUAAUAAUGGCGGUGGAUAUGGAAGUGGAAUGCAGCAGUACUCUUCCCACGCGAAUGGUGGCUAUGGGGGUUAUGGGAAUGGAAUGCAACAAUCUUCCCACAUGACCGGUGGCUAUGGGAACGAAAAGCAGCAACAUUCUUUCCACAUGGCCGGUGGUGGCUAUGGGAGCGGAAUGCAACAUUCUUCCCACAUGGCCGGUGGUGGCUAUGGGAGCGGAAUGCAGCAUUCUUCCCACAUGGCCGGUGGUGGCUAUGGGGGGAUGCAGCACUCUGCUUCCCACACUCAUAUGUCGAAGGGAUUAGAGCGCGAUUCCGAUAGGAGCCCUGGUUACUAUGAGCAGCACAACAAGAAUACUGAUAUGUGGAAUUUGAGGAGUUUGGAUGACUAA